ACCACCACCACCACCACCACCACCACCACCACUUCCUCCUCCUCCUCUUCUCUCUCUCUCUCAAGAUUAGCAACACCACAUCUUCACUGUUAAUCGAUAAGAAAAUCAGACUGAAGUUUCUGAAUAUCCCUCCUUUUGCUUCGUUCUCUCUCUCGUCAUCUCAAAUCAUAUACAUACUACAUAUACUCAUACAUACACGAUUCGAUCCGGCCUGAUUCCUUCGAUCCGUCUUGUAUUCUCAAAAUCGCAGCGAAUCAAACGGUGUAGAUGGCGUCAACGGUGAUCUCAAAUCCGAUAACGAAUUCUGACAGAUUGUCGAGAAGGAAGAAGAAGAAAAGCAGCCAGAUUUCAAGAGAUCAAACUCAAAGCCCUAACAACACCUCCACCACAAUUCAAUGGAAAUCCGAAGUUCAACAACAAGUUUACUCUUCCAAACUUCUCAAAGCUCUUCGCGAAGUUCGGAUCACGUCCACGCCUUCGGCUCCGAGGCGCGGCCGAGCCGUCCGCGAAGCUGCAGAUAGAGUUCUGGCUGCGACCGCCAAAGGACGGACCAGGUGGAGCCGCGCGAUACUGACAAAUCGUCUUAAGUUCAAGUUCAUGAAGAAUAAGAGGCAGAGAGUGACAGCCACUGGGGACAACCGGUCACCGAAGAAGCCGAGGGUGAGUAUUUUGAGGUUGAAAACAAAGAACUUACCUGCGGUUCAAAGGAAGGCUCGUGUUCUUGGCCGGUUAGUUCCCGGUUGCCGGAAACAACCGUUGCCGGUGGUUCUUGAAGAAGCUACCGAUUAUAUUGCUGCUCUGGAAAUGCAAGUUAAAGCCAUGUCUGCUCUAGCCGAGCUGUUUUCUGGCUCUAGUUUUGGCGCUGGCUCUAGCUUUAGCCCCGAGCCUCUAAAUCAGCUUGGCUCAAGCCGACCUUCGCCUAGUUGAUAAUCUUAUUGUGGCUUCAUUUUCUUUUUUUUUUUUUUUUAUCCCUAUCUCUCUCCCUUUCAAGUAUUUUCUUGUUUAUACAUUUCCUUUUUUUUUAAUUUUUUAAUUUUGGUUGUUGAUUAUUAAUAUCAUGAAAUAAGUUUAUCUCAUAAGGUAGAAGGGUAAGAAUAACAGGGGAUAAAAUGGUUUAGGUGCAAAGAAUCCAGUCACUUUCUUGUUCCUUUCACGUGCUUAAAUUUUGUUAUUUUGCUUUGGAGUCCUUAAAGCUUGUUGGAUUUUGAAAUUUUCCCAUUUUAGUGAUGCCAUGGCACUGAACGUACAAGUGUAUUUU